GACGUCGCAGAUUGUUGCGACGUUCCAAAAACGAUUUGUAACAGAUACGACAGGAGAAGGCCAUAAUCGCCAUGGAGUCUACUUCAGUGUACAUGUGUUUCCCCUGUUAUCAGGAGUUUCCCACGCUUGAGGAAGUGCUUGCACAUCAGAUGACCUGCACUGCAGAGAAUCCCCAUCUCGUGACAAAUGAGACACCCAUUGAGGCGGUGGCUGCAGCUGCUGGUUUACCACAGGUGGCAAUGCAGUCUCAGACUCAGACAGCUGUGGAUUUGUCUUCUCUGCUAGGACAGAAGAAAGCUGAUGCUCCACGUGUUCUGUACCAGUGCGCUGUCUGUGAGGUUCUCUUUGAUGCUCUGUCGCUAUGGCUGCAGCACCGCAAGAUGGGCUGCUGCCUUGAGACAGGGCCAGGACCUGGAGGAGACCAGGGAGAACUUGAAACAGAUGUUAAAGAAGCUCAAGCACAUUCUAGUCAACCUGAGUGGGAACAAGAUGCACACAGACAGAUGGAGGUGAAUGAAGAGAGAGGACAGCCUCAAGUAAAGAUGGAGAACACUUCUCAAGAAUAUCUGGCAAGAGAUGAGGUUUCUGAAAAAAUAGUGUCACCUGAGAGCUCUCAGCAGGACUUACAGUGUGACAAAGCCCCCCUUGAACCUCCAAAGGCUCCAGGCACUCAGGUAGCUACGUCUGUGGAGCCCUCUACUGUAGAGAACAGCCCUGCUACAAGGCGUAGGGGACAAAAGAAGGUUAAGCCGCCUUCCAGCCUGCUCUGUGUGGAGUGCGGACAGAGUUUCAGUGCCGUUCCAGAGCUCGUGACUCACCGCAAGAUUCAGCAUGGCUUGAAGGAUGCCAUACACCGCUGCACAGUAUGCGGAGAGGGCUUCCUCAACACCACACUCUUCCUCUAUCACCGCAGGCAGCACCGCAGAGAGGUGGAGGGCAAAGCCAAGCUGGCCCCACUUGUAAUCCAACAGUUUUCCACAGCUGUGCUGGAUGCCCCGGGUGAGGGUCUCUUGCUUUUAGCCACGGCAGGAGAAGGCCAGAGUCUAAUGGAGGUGACCACUAUGGAACAGACAAUAACUCAGACCCCUGUAGCACAGAUGGAGGUGGAGCUGGACAGUAAUGGUAUGACAGGUGAGGAGGCUAUGCAGAAUGACCAGGUACAUGCAGAAGAGGGCGCUGUGAGCAUGGAGAAUAGUGAGGUCCUGGUGGACAACAUUGUGGAGAUGGUGGAAGAAAGGACUGAAAUAUAUGAGGAGGAAAGAAUGGAGAUGGUCCCUGGUAAUAUAGAAGGAGAGCAAAGUGAAGACAUGCAGACAGAGAAAGCUGUCAUUUCAGAGAAUCAAGAAGAGGUGGAAAGUAAAUCUGCAGAGGAACCUGUUACAGCGUCCUCCUCAGGCACUGAAGGACAGAAUUUUCUCUGCCAACAGUGUGGAUCCUCUUUCCCUAAUGAGCAGGAGUUGACCAAGCACCGCAGUACCAAGCAUGGCCUGGAGGCACCGAUGCACACCUGCACAGAGUGUGGGGCUGAGUUCAUGAGUACCACACACUUCCUUUACCAUCGCCGUGAGCAUCGUCUGAAUGGACCUGCAGGACAAACACCUUCUGCUGAGGAGAAAUGCAGGCUCUUUCCUGCUUCAGCUCUCACCUCCACUGUAAAAUGCAGAGACGACAUGCCCCUCAGAAAACCAGCAGCAACAGCAGAUGCCACUCUCGAGGCCCCUGCCAAGCUGAGCCGGGACUGGUCGCGCACCGCCCUGCCUCACGAGUGCCCGCAUUGUGGGAAGGGCUUUACACGGCGCAGCCUAUUGCGAGAGCAUGUGUUCAAUCACACGGGUGAGAAACUAUUUAACUGCAAAGUUUGCAAGAAGGGCUUCCCCUCUCCAGCCAGUCUGCUGCGUCACCAACUUACCCAUGGAGGAUCCCGCUUGUUCAGCUGCCCCAUCUGUGAAAAGUGCUUCUUCCAGGCUACCUCACUCAAACGCCAUAUGCUGAUUCACCAGACAGGGGAAACUCAGGAACGCUGGGGCAGAGGCAGAGGAAAAGGGAGGACACCAUCCCCAAAUGAUGGACGUGCGCACAUCUGCCCUGAGUGCCCAGCCAGCUUCAACUUUGAGUACCAGCUGGAGAGUCACAGACUCCUACACACCAGCCAUCCCUUCCCAUGCAAUGUGUGCGGGGAGGCAUUUAUACGUCGCAAGGACCUGGACCUGCACUAUCUCAUCCAUCAAGAUAAAGAACCAAAGACAUGUCCUAACUGCAGCUCUCAGUUCCUGAAUCAGGCAGUCUUGGAUACACACCUGCAGCACUGCACUGGCGAGGUGCCGGUGCACUGCAGAUAUAAAGGUCAGGGACGAGGAAAGGUGGGAGGUCAGCUGGAGUGUGAUAUGUGUGGUCACCGCUGUGUCACUCAGGAUGGUCUCGACCUGCACCGUCUUUCCCACAUGGGUCAGACGCCCCUGCGGUGCCCGCUUGCCCCUUGCAGACGGCGCUUCGCUUCCAGUUCUGCAUUAGGGGAGCAUCUUGCGGCACACUGCCGUGGAGCGCUGGGCAAAAAAAACACCCCACGGCGCUUCUCAUGCGAGUUCUGUGGGAAGGAGUUCGCCUACCCGUCCACCUUCACCGUUCACAUGAGAACGCACACCAAUGAUCGACCCUUCGAGUGCUCUCAGUGUGGGAAGCGUUUUCGGCAGCUUCCACACCUGCAGGAUCACGAGCGCAUUCAUAGCGGUGAGCGGCCGUUCACGUGCUGGGUGUGCGGGAAAAGCUUCAGCGUAGCAGCGAGACUAACGGAACAUGCCCAUGUACACAGUGGCGAACGGCCGUACGUCUGCACUCGUUGUCCAACCGCCUUCCGUUCCCGAUCCAACCUUGACAAACACAUGCGUCUCCAUGCCAAUGACCCCAUAGACCUUGCUGCACAGAGCAUGCUGGAUGAUGAUGCGGCUGUACAGACCAUCCUCUUAGUACAGGAGUCUGCCUUAUCCUCACCAUCCUUUUCCUCAUCCGCCAUGCCUGUUGUCCAGGAGGGCAAGCUGGUGGCGGAGGAAAAUGGCACAUCUGUGGUCUUCCUGCACCACAACCUAAGCAUGCCCACUAUCACUGUGCCGACCAUCUCAGUGCCCUCUGUGACUGUUUCAAACAUCUCUGUAGUGGCAGGCCAAGAUGUGCCUCACACUAUUGAGGUUAUCUUAGAAGAGACGGUGUAAAAAGACAGAGAGAAGUAUAAUCAGAUGAAUGGAACGGGUAGGUGAGGGGGGUUAUGAACAUGACAUCAAUUGAUUCUGUUAAUUGAUACACCUUUUGAGAAGGCAGAUUCAGCAAUAUGUAAAAGAUAGCAGGUCAGAACUUUAUAAAAGAGUAUUUGUAUGCAUGUGUGUAUGUGUGUCUGUGAGCUUGUGUGACCUAUGAGAAGGAUAUAUUUUUGCUUUUGAAGUGUAGAAAAACCACGACUCAGCAUCUUUAGUCAGGAAAAAACAAAAACACGAGUUUUUUAUUUUAUUAAUUUUUUUACAUUCAAAUUUGCCACACAUUAUUCUUAUUUUAUCUUUGCAUUUUUGAGUGUUUUAUAUGCCUUUAAUACAUAACAUGGCCCAUGGUUUUUGUGGUGUUUUAAUAAAAAGCUUGAGCUUGUGGGGUUACUGGUUCAUUUAAAGAGACUUUGACUUUAGAGAACUAGAAUAAAGUGGCUGAAUGUGUUCUUGUCGAUAGACUGAUGACUGCAGUUGCUUUCUGAAGAUGAAGCUUUGGACAGUAAGGGAAAAGUAAAUUUUGCUGAUCAUGUCAAAUGAGAAGGGGUUAUUCUUUUUUUUUUUUUUUUUUUUUUUUUUUUGCACCAAAAACAUAAUUUUAGUGUUUUCCACCCUCUCUUUGACCCAUAGAAUUAAACAGGCCUUUAUUUACCAUUGUGGCUUUAAGACUUAUAUGUAAACAACUUCCACUGUUAUAACUGGCUGUGAAAUGAAUAACAGUGGUGGCUCAGUGGUUAAGGCUCUGGGUUACUGAUCAGAAGGUCGGGGGUUCAAGCCCCAGCACCGCCAAGAUGCCACUGUUGGGCCCUUGAGCAAGGCCCUUGACCCUAUCUGCUCCAGGGGCGCUGUAUCAUGGCUGACCCUGCACUCUGACCCCAGCUUAGCUGGGAUAUGUGAAAAAAAGAAUUUCACUGUAUAUGUGCAAAUGUGUGAUAAAUAAAUAUAAUUAUUAUAAAAUUAUAAUUAAUUAUUAUUAAUUAUUAUUAUAAAUUAUAAUUAUAACAACGAUUUCUUACAGGUUGCAAGUUUGGUCUUUCCCUAAACCAAGACCAACAUUUCCAAUUGUAACUCCUCCUAAAGCUUGUAAGCUACAUCCACCAAAUUUGGCACAGCCCUUGAGACUGUUCUGACUCGGGUUGCCCUAAGUUUUCUAACUGAUCCGACAAACAAUUUUCCCGUAACGUGUGAUCAAAUAUAAAAAGUCCCAUAGACUUGGGGUGCAUUCACUUAAAGUUGAUAUUACCGCAAUUACCAGAUUCCGACUUGUAAAAAGCAUUCGUGUCUUUGUAGAACUCGUAAUUACAAGUUGUAUACUCUGAAUUCUAUGAAAACUCCAACUUGACAGUUGUGACCUCAUGUAAAAAGAACAAAUAUGGCAGUGGCCUCAACAGUGUUAUAUACCAUUUUAUUCUGCCAUUGAUGACUGGAGUAUUUUUUAUUUUAAACAUUUUGCAAGAACAUAUAGAGGUGAAUUAAUGUUGUGAUAAACAUUUUGCUGUUAUCAACAAAAAAGCCAUUUUGGCGUUUUAAGUGUUGCCAUAGAAAAAAAAUAACUUAGGAGGUCUGAGGACGUGAAUUCCGAGUGGAAUCUUGGAGUUACCAUGUCAUAACUUCAGUAAUUCCGACAUGAUAUGAACACACCAUAACAGUGAUGAAAUGUUCCUUCUUUCCUUCCUUUGGGCCUGUAAAACCUUUAAACAUAAAAUUAGAUUCUAAAACUUGCUUAAACCUCAGCCCUAUAGGCUUUUUAAAGCCAACAUAAAAGUUUGUCUUGACUUAACCCAUCUAGUGUUUUGUCCUGCUUCCUCCUUUUUUUACCAUGACUAUGCAUGCCAAAUUGUCGAAGACCAAAUAGUCGAUGAUAAUGUGUGAAUAUUUUCAAGGUUGAAGUUACAACCACAACGAUUUCAUAACAAGGUUUUCUAAAAAUGUUUACAGUUUCAGUAAAAGGUCUUUUUUCAGAAUUAAUUUUGAGUUCUGAAAGUUAGAAUACGUCUACAUAACCAAACUAGAUUAAUCCUUUGAUCUGCCAUAAACGCCAUUUCAAUGAAUAACACCACCAGUACAAACAUAACAAAUGAUCUUGCAUUUGUAGGUGUAAGUGAUGACUGCAGUGGAACCAGAGCUUUAGGCUUUUUAACUACAAAUCUCAUCAUGAAUUUUCACCAGUUGACAGGGGUUUGAGAUGAGCUCCAUUACCUCAGCUCAUUGAGAGAUUGAGGGUGAACUGGGUCAUUACUGGAGCUCAUAUCGUCUUCCUGCACUCGCUUCUUGCUCCUCCAAUUUACAUAUGUCCUGUUGAACUCCUCCUCCUUCAUACAGCUGCUGCAUCAUUAUGAUUAGUCCCAUUAAUUACUGACAUUGAUAUCAAAAUGCCAUUCCCUGCACUGAAUUCCCUAAAAACUAUUUGAAAGAGAUCUUCCCCAGGUCAUUAAUUUACAGACUUUGACUUGCAAUUACAGUGUGACCUUCAUGUAAAUGGGCAAUUUGGCCAUUUAAGAUGCAUCAGGGGUGUUUUUUGCCAUUUACUUGCUUUGUUGGACAAAUAAAUGAGGUAAUCGAUUAUUACACAUUGGUUUUGAUAAAGGCCAUAAAGAAUGAUAUUAAGCCUGAUAUCAAAUUAAAUUAGAUGUAUCAUGCAGAGAAGAUAAAAUAUUAUCCACAAUAAAAACAAGUCUUGUAAUUUGGCGCGACAAAUCAUGCCUUCUGGAAUAAGUACAACAGUACAUUGGGUCACCUUUAUACUUCCCCCAAGGUUUUUGUAAUCUUGUAAAUUCUAUAAAUAUCUCUUCAUGAGUGGAAGCCGUGAGGCUGCAUAUUCAGUGUUGAGCUGAAACCUGCUGACCUUACAAUACACCAGCGAUCAAAGACUGUCUGAGUGUCAUAUUUAGAUUUCUGACCCCCAUUCCAUUACUGCUGUUUCACUAGAGUUCCAGAAGCAAUAAUAAUAAAAAAAAAACAUUUGUUAUAAAAAUGUUAAACCAUUUAAAAAUAGUACAUUUUAUUUGGUGAA